GAUAACUGUGUCUUGGAUCCCAAUGUUAACCAGAGAAAUAGUGACCAAGAUAUCUUUGGAGAUGCUUGUGACUACUGCUGCUAUGUCCUGAAUAAUGACCAGAGGGACACGGAUGGUGAUGGGAAAGGAGAUACUUGUGAUGAUGACAUGGAUGGAGUAGGUAUUAAGAACUUUUUGGAUAAUUGUCAGAAGAUCCCCAACCAAGACCAGGAUAAUGAUGGUGUUGGUGAUGCCUGUGAUAGUUGCCCUACAAUCAGCAACCCAAACCAGUUGAAUGUUGACAAUGACCUGGUUGGAGAUUCCCGUGAUACCAAUCAGGACAGUGAUGGUGAUGGGCACCAGGACAGCACAGACAACUGCCCUACCACCACUAACAGCUCCCAGCUAGACACAGAUAAGGACUGGUUGGGUGAUGAGCAUGACAAAGAUGAUGAUAACGAUGGUGUGGGAAGAUUGGCGAGGAGGACUGUGAUGGAGUUGGGGAUGUCUGCGAGUCUGAUUUUGAUGAGGAUUGAUCAGAUCGAUGUAUGCCCUGAGAAUGCAGAGGUCACCUUGACAGACUUCAGGGCCUAUCAGACAGUGGUGCUGGACCCAGAGGGAGAUAAAGCACCAGGGGAGACUCGAGGUCGACCACUAGGGUUUUGGAGUCGAGGAUGUAAAGGCUUCGAGGCCAACUAUACUCCAACUGAAAAAGAAACCUUGGCAGCAUAUGAAGGAGUUAGAGCUGCUUCAGAAGUAAUUGGUACUGAGGCACAGCUCCUCCUUGUGCCCCAAUUACCAGUACUGGACUGGAUGUUCAAGGGUAAAGUUCCUUCUACUCAUGCCACCGAUGCUACCUGGAGUAAGUGGGUGGCCUUAAUCACACAGCGAGCUCAAACAGGAAACCCAAAUCAUCCAGGGAUCGUAGAAGUGAUCACAAAUUGGCCCGAAGGCAAAGACUUUGGAAUGCCACCAGAGGAGGCGGUGACACGUGCUGAGGAAGCUCCACCAUAUAAUGAACUCUCAGAUAAUGAGAAACAGUAUGCCUUGUUUACUGAUGGGUCUUGUUGUAGGAAAACAUCGAAGGUGGAAAGCUGCUGUGUGGAGUCCUACAUGACGAGUCACAAAAGUUGCUGA